GCUAACUUUGCGACUGCGUCACUAGUGUGCAACCGUGCAAGUCGAUUUUCUCGUUCGUGCAGUGUGACUGUUUAACGUUCAAGAGUGCUGUGUUUACGUUUUUGAUCGUAAUUUUUGGUUUGAUUAACUUGCGCGAAUCGUUUAAAUCGUUUCUGUGCAGGUUUUUUGAAAUAAUUUGGAACUUUUUCUACGAAUCUAUGAGGUCGGUGAUUCUUCUUCUUGAAAAUGUUUGAGCAUCGGCAAUCGCUCAAAUUGAGGCUGUGAUUCGCGUUCAAUUAUGAAAUUACCUGUACGAUGAUACCUGCGUUUGACCGAACGAUGUGAAAAAUGUUAAUUUCAACGCCAACAACGAUAACAGGCGCUAAAUCCGGCGCGCCAGCCAGCGAUGGAGAAACGAUCGCAGUGUCUGCCCACAACAACAGCUCUACUACUACCAAGUGGAGUGAUUUUUCAGUCUCUAGUUUAUGUAAAGAUAUCAAGAAAAGCUCCAAGAAUUCGGACGAAUUGAAUUCCGACGACGCCGUCAUUGUCGGAGGAUUACCGUCCAAUUGGAAACUCGAUUUGCCUACUGCGGCUGCUAAUUUUACAGCAGCCGCGUCCAUCUCAAAUUCUCUACCAAUUUUGAAUUCAGUGCUACCUGGUGGUGCUCAAAGUAUAGUCGGAAAUGCAUCAACAAUUAAAGAGAUGUACGCGUUGGCAGCCGCUAGUCAACAACCAUUAGCUGCAGCGUCCAUAGCAUCUCAACAUUCUCAGCAACAAAAUUUUUUCGAUCUGACAAGGUAUAGGCAAUAUGCAGCAGCGCAACAGCUCCUAUCACAGCAGCAAGGAGCUGCUGUUACUAAAUUAUUAGCUGGAACUUUAAGACCUCCUGGAUUGAUAGGUGGUAGCAAACCGAAAGUCGCUACGCCGGCAGUUGUAUCCAAAAUAGAACAAUACAAGCGCGAAAAUCCGACCAUUUUUGCGUGGGAAAUACGCGAAAGGCUGAUCUCAGAAAAUGUAUGUACGAAUGCCACUGCACCUUCUGUAAGUAGUAUAAAUAGGAUAUUACGGAACCGUGCAGCUGAAAGAGCGGCUGCAGAAUUUGCUCGUGCUGCUGGAUAUAGUCUGUAUCAUGCAACCCAUCCAUAUAGUUCGUUUCAUUGGGCAGCAGCGGUAACUCAUCCGGCUCUUCUGGCCUCGCCUACUGGACAUAACUCAGUACUCGAACAUUCGCCAUCGUUACCUAUACCCCCGCCGCCUAGUUUAUCGAAGAAGAAUAAAAUGAUGCAUAAAUUUAUUGAUGGCGAAGGUAAAGACGAUGAGAGUACAGACAGUGCAGAAAGCUCAGAGCAGCCGAAAUUUCGUCGCAAUAGAACUACUUUCAGCCCUGAUCAAUUGGACGAAUUGGAAAAAGAAUUCGAUAAAAGUCAUUACCCAUGUGUCAGUACUAGAGAGAAAUUAGCCGCCAAGACAUGUCUGUCUGAAGCAAGAGUACAGGUUUGGUUUUCAAACCGUAGGGCGAAAUGGCGACGUCAUCAAAGAAUGAACCUAAUCAAAGCUAAACGAAACGCACUUAUCGAUAUGGAAUCGGAAAACCGUCAGAGAAAUUCUGGAAAUGGUACUAAUUCAGAUAAUGCGAAUGCUUUGAAAGCACUGAGCCAUGAAAGCAGCGGAUUCCAAAUAUCUGCUUUACUAAAUAGAUCUGGCAGUAAUGGUAUGAAGAACUCAUCACACGAUGAACAAGACAGUAAUUACACUUCUUCCGACUUAUCUGAAGAAAUCAUUGUUACUACCGAUGACGAAGGAUCGAUAUGUUCAAAUAGAGCAUUUUAUUUUCAAUAGAAACAUCAUUCUGUGUUUACUAUCUGUACCUUUGUAUAACAUAAUUCAUGUAAAUAAUUUUAAAGGUGUUAUGUACUAGUGUAUACCUAUUAUUAUAAUAUAGUGUGACUGUUUUUUUUUCUCUUUUUUUUUCACUUUUCCUUAUUUUCAUUGGACUUGUUUCUUUGUAAAUGUUUUUAAUUGCAUUUGGUUUUGUCUGUGUAUUUAUUGCUGCCGAAAUUUGUUUUUUUCUUUCUUUUUAUGCAUACGCAAUUGAGCUAUUAUAACUUAAUGUACUGUAUGUAUUUUUGUGCAAUAUGGAAGUUGAAUAGACAAGUUCUUUGUUUUAUUAGUGAGUCUGUAAAUUGUAUCUACAGUAAACUAUGCAGUCAUUCACGAGUUUAUGAUUCUCAUUCAUAUAGGAACUUGGUGCUGUUAUUGUUAUUUCAUCAUUUCACGAGAGAAAAAUUCACGAAUUGCACUGAUUGAAUUCGUGGAUUUUAAAACUGGAGUAUUUGUAAGUAGGUACA